AGUUUACAGAUAGAAAAAUCUGUUUUCGAGCCAAAAUGUUAAACUCCUGAAAUGUAAUUAAGCCCCCAAACUCACUCAUUAAAAUUUUGUAAACAAUUCCAGCAUUGGUUAGCUAGUCUGGUUUGUCCAACUUUAAUGGACUGAAAAUAGCACGUCUCUAAUUUCCGAGGUUCAUUUAAUGCAUCAGCCCUUCGGUUUCGUUUCUGCUCUCACUGAGCAUCGUUGCACUGCAGCAUCAGAGAAACUCCCAUAAUCAUCACCAUCUCUGACUAAGUUGACAGGAGGAAAGCAUGGGCAUAGGAACAAUUGUAGCUGUUUCUGCAGGGGCAGGAGCGGUUGGGGCAGUGGGAGCUGUGGCCCUGGUUCCUGCAGCUUUGGGGGUCAUCGGUUUCUCCUCAGCUGGAAUAACAGCAGGCUCUUAUGCUGCAGGGAUGAUGUCAUCUUAUGCGAUUGCUAAUGGAGGAGGAGUGGCAGCGGGAAGUCUGGUCUCUCUUUUACAGUCUGCAGCCGCUGCUGGUUUGUCUGUAGCCACCAAAGCAGCCGUGGCCAGCGCAGGAGCAAGCGUUGCGGGUGGAGUCGGAGCCACAGUGGGAUGGCUGUCAGGCUUCUUCUGCUAAAAAUGAAGGAACUUCAGGAAGUCACUCUUAAUUAUUUUUCAUAGUGUAUGGACGAUUAUAUCAACACCAAUUUUAUUUUCUGCUUUAUUUUCCUUUUAAUAGUCAACUCAUGUUUGAUGUUCUUUUGGCUGAAUACUUACAGAGCACAAAUUGCUGGCAUUUAAUGAAAUACAACAAUUAAUCUACAGCCCUAUUCUGUACUUCUACAUUUACAGUACCUAUCGACUUCAUCUGCAUGCUUGACUUGUUUUCCUGAAGUGAAAAUUACCCGGAGUGAUUAAAUAAUCCAGCAACACUGACCAUAUAAAACCAAACAAUGUAAAAUUACUCAGUAAAUCAUUACCCAGCAUAA